AGUUACAGGAUGAUGUGAAGUAAAAAAAACAAAAAAAAAACACUUAAAGCGUCUGAACAGAGAGAAGAGCAGCUGCAGCUUCAGGAGACUCUCUCUACUCUACAACAACAACAACAACAAUGGUGAGUGUUUGUGUGUCUCUGACAGAUUUAUGACGCCGCUCUCUGACCGAGUCCUCUGAACGGAAGCUGAACUUUGACGGACUGGAAAGGAGAAAGUCUGGACGCAGAUUUGUUAGCGUUAGCCUGAUAGCCUAGCUUUAGUUCCACCCUCUGUUCAGGCUCGCAGUUCGUCAAUGGAAACGGAGCUGAUAUUUAGGAUUUCCGGUUGCAGCUUUCAAAAUAAAAGCUACAGCGAGUGAGUGAGGGUCGUGAUUUCGUGACAGUUAACAGCUAUGACAAGACCGUUUUACAACAUUAAAUGAUUUUCAAUUCUAAUAGCAAGAAAUAUCUGAAAUAAUGAUGAUACUUUAGAUAGGGCCGUGGUGCAAAACUACAAAAUGCUUGAUUAAAAGGAGACGGAAACUAGAAAAGGUAUCAAUUAAGUGCACCCCAAAGUCAUAUGUAAGUUUCUAGAAAAGUAUAUCGGUAUUAAAAUUGUAGGAUGGAGUUCACUUCUUUUGUUGCAUCCUUUAAUUUUUGUAUUAAGUAACUUUUUUCAGUUAUUGCAUCACCCCUUUUUUUUGCAGCGUUCACUUCCGUAGUGCCUUUUUCUUCUUUUUUGCAUUCUUAUUUAUUUGCAGCAGUGGCGUUUCUCAGCCACCGUACAAGACAAAUAGUUAUAUUUUCAGCUCCGAGUUGUCAGUAUAGUCACAAGAAAAUGAAGUUAAAGUGUUUGAAGAAUGAACACACAAUAGCACAAACAGAUUAAGUUGUAAUGAAGUAGCAAUAUGAGAAUAAAGUUAUGAAACAAUUAUACAAAUAUGAUAUUACACUGUAUUGUUAUAAAGUCACAAUCCAACAACAAUAUAAGCGUGGUAAAUUCGUUAUGUCUUGACAUUAAAGUCAUAAGUUUUUGUGGAAGCAUUAUUCUAGUCAAAUUAUUGCAAGAUAAAAAGUCGUAGUAAAGUCGUAUUUAAGUCAUUUUAUUACCAGAAUAAAGUAGUAAUGUUACAAUAAAACAACGAAUAUCACAUUUUUUCUUAAUGCAGCCAUUAUAAUUUUAUAUAUAAUAAUAUACAAUUGUGUCUUUACCCUUUACACUUUUUAACUUCAUCUCCUUGUGACUACUAUCCUAUUAUUAUGUAAAGAUGUGAAUAUGAUGCAUGCACAUCUUUUUUUAACUCAAAGUUUUAUUUUAAUUUUUAAUAUCUGUACUAUGCUGCUGUAAAUUUGGAAUUUCCCCUCUUGGGACUAAUAAGGGAACAUAUUUUCCUAUCUUAUCCUCCGCUUUUAUUUUGAAGGCCGUCGCAGCGGACUUCCUGUUCCGCGUGGUUGACUUGUCUCAACAUGUCUGUUGUAAAGGCUCUGCCUUGACGCUAGCUCGCUUCACUAUCAUGAUGAAAAUGUUUCCUCGGGGUCUUUUUGGUUUGACUGCGUGUCAUGACAGCUCGACUCCUCUCCGUGUGGAGAAACAGUUUGUUAAAGUCAGAGCUUCAUUUCCAACAUCUGACAUGUUUUAAUAAAGCAGAGAGUCAAAGUUUUCCGAGCCUUAUUUCCUGGAUGGAUUAGCAGCCAAAGUAGCUCUGUGGCUGUCAGAGGAGGAUUUUAAAGCACAAGUCAGCCUGAAAUCUGAGUUUGAUGGUCAUCCUGAAUCAUCCUGUUCUCUCUGUGUUAUUAUAGCAGCCUCUAUAGACUCACAACACAACCAUCCUCCUCCUCGUAAUCUAUGAGGAUCCCUCUCUGGGCUCAGUGAAAUCCGGACUCCCACCUGCCAUCUGUUGAGGAGGGUGUAAUUAUAGAAAUCAGAAAGUCUCUGCAGAGAUUCCUCAAGACUUUAUGCUUUUGUGCUGCAGUUACGUAACUCUGACACAGGUUCAGACCACAGUCAAAUCCUCUCCAGACUGCUGCUGCUGUGCUGGGUCUGAAUUUAUGUUCAUAUAAAACCUGCAGGUCAGAGUCCUGCAGAUAAAAACAGUUUAACUACACUUCAUUUAAACACAGAAAAAUACAUCACCUGUGCACUUUCUGUCAUUUGUAAAUCUGUUCAUAUAAAGCUGCACUCAAAAAAAUCAGUUCACCGAAGUACUGCGAUUUUUUGUUUUACAAUUUUUAAAUUUUAUGUUCAAAAAUUGUUUUUCCCCCCCCAAAUUUAAGAAUAAAAGGUCCUUGCACACCGGGAACAAUGAAAAUAUACCACGCGAAAUUACGAAAUUUUCGGAGGCGAAUUUUGACACGCCUGACUAUACACAUCAAGUGCGGUGCGAUUUUGCAACAUUUCGGGGGGGAAAGAGACAGGUCCUGGGUGGAAGCGAGAAGACAAAAAUGGAGUCUUCUUCAACUUCAAGUGAUGGCAAAUUCGUACUCCUUUUAAAAAUAAGAGCUUCUAUAUGCCACCGUUUCUAAAAACAGAAAACACAACAGCAGACUGACUGUUUUUCAGUUCUGAUUAGACUCUAGUGUUGAGAUGUCUGUCUGUCAUGAUAGCAUGUACUGAGUCGGGGUUAGUACCAGAUAAGAAUAUUAAACUAUAAUCCAUAAACGUAAGGGAACAACCGAGACCUAAUGGUGCUGUGACAGCAACGCUGUGAUUAGGUUUGAGUUUACAGUGAAAAUACAUAUGGUGUGUUGUAUCUGAACAGGUUAGCUUACGAGCUAAAGUUACUUAGCACAGAUGAAAGUUCAAACAAAGACGUUUAUCAAACUGUUAAAGCUCACAAACCAUCGUCAUAUAAGAAAUCCGACGCUAUGACUCUCCACAAGUCGUCCUUCAGGUCGUUAUCUUUGUAAUAUUUGUGUCUUUUAUCAAAAAUCACUCUGUUCUCCAACACGUAAACAGUCAGCUGGUCAGCCAUGUUGGAUAUACCAGUGAAUCUGAUGUCGCAACAACACGAAAUCUGAUUGGUCAGAAGUGGACACACAGUAUGUGAAACUUUAGAAAAAUCGACUGCGAUAAGAAAAAAAUAAAUGGCGCGAUAUCGCAGGACGGGAAAACCUCACUGAUGUGAACACUUGUAUUGACAGGAUACGGGUUCGACAAAAAAUAUUGACUAGUUUUUUUGUUUAUUAGAUUGAAUGGAUGAAUUGAAAGGACUGAUAACACAUGGACCCAAUCAUCAUCAUUCAGCUGUUUUACUGGUGUUAAAAAUGCACACUAAAAACCGAUAAAAUCGACAAUAUCAUAGAAUCGCAAUUUAAAUCGAAUUGGCAUCCAAAAAAUCGUAGAGGAAUCGAAUCAGGAGAAAAGCAUAUCGUCCCAGCCCGAAGUACUACAAUGGCGCGGUCUCCCCUCUCUAAAACAUGCACUCGGUUUAAAGCUGCUGUUUGUGCCUCUGCAUCCGAUGCAUUUACACAAAAACACACAAAUUCGUAAAAAGUUUUUCACAACCACACUGACGUAUCUGUGUGUAUCUGUGUGUAUCUUUGUGCGUCUUUGUGCGUCUUCCUCAGAGUGAAUCUCUGGUGGUGUGUGACGUGGAUGAGGAGCUGAUUGAAAAGCUGAAAGCUUUUCGUUUCCGGAGGCAGACCAACAACGCCGCCAUCAUCAGUGAGUAUUCACACUUUAAUCAUACCUGAGUAUAAGUCAGAGUCGUCUCUUUCAGGACGUGUUUGUUUGUAUUUUUGGUGAAAGGAGAGAGAGGAAGUGAUGUGAGAGGUUCUGAGAGGAAGCGGACUGUAGUGAAAAUAUGAAUCCAUCAUGACUAAAGAGUCUGUUGCACUCAGCAGAUUUGGGUCACCUCUGAAAAUGACCUUCCUCAGUUGAACAUUAAUGUGCCAUUAUCGCUCUCACAGCUCGCUGCUUCCUGCUGUGUGGACAGAAAUAGAUUUUUACACGCCGCCUCUCUAAAACAUCAAAACAAGGAACUUCUUUUGGUCAUAAUUUAACGCCUGUUUUAUUUUUGUUUCUGGCCUCUGCUUUGCUUCACAGUUGGAUCAAUUUUUAAAGGUUAAUUUCACUAAACUCAUGAUCAAGUUUGGUUCCUUCUUCCUGCCUCCAGUUUGGACUAUCUCAGCCCCUGUAGUGUUGGUAUUUUGUCUGCUCAGGAUGAAGUUAAGAGGUGUUACUUUAAAAGCAAAUACUGAAAAUGAUCUAAUUUGUCCUCCACAGUGAAGAUCGACAAAGACAGACAGAUGGUCAUACUUGAGGAAGAACAUGAGGUCAGUUAAUUUUUAUAACUUCCCAUUUUAGUACAACAAUAUUUUUGAUUUAAGUUUCACAUGUUUAUUUUUAUUUUACAGGAUAUUUCUCCUGAUGACCUCAAAGAUGAACUUCCGGAAAGACAGCCGAGAUAUCCUUUCAAAUUAAAUUUCAAAUCUAGAUUUCAUCCGUCUAGUUGUGAUAUACUGUAGAUUUGUAUUUUGAAAUAUAAAGUGACAGUAUUGGAAAUUUAAGCCCCGCUCCUCCUCCUCUUUAAUAAACGUGGACUUCUCCUUAGCACCUUGAACAUUUGUCGUGUACAGUUAUAAAUACCAACAUGAUGACGGACGUGUCUCCUAUCCUCUCUGCUUCAUCUUCUCCAGCCCAGCAGGUAAGAGCCAAUCAGGAUUCACAUUAUCCCGAUGUUUGACAGCUUUGAGUCACCUGUGGAAGCAGAGGAUAGAGCUUUAGUUUAUGCAGUGAUUUGUUUUGUUUGUUUACGACAUUAUCCUCUGUUCAGUAUGUCAUUUCUUCAGUGUUUGUGUGAUGCAUGAGUGUCUCUGCCUUUCUCGGUUUGUUUGUGUUGCACAGGAUGCAAAAUGGAGCAGCAGAUGAUGUAUGCAGGGAGUAAACACAGGCUGGUGAAAGCUGCUGAUCUGACGAAGGUGAGUGUGCCAUCUGGGAUCUGACUUCAACAACAAUAAUACUUAAGCAUUGAAAACUUCAUUGCAGUUAGAAAUGAAGACAUAAUUGACCAUUUAAAUUGGGGCAUGGCUGGAGUUAGUGAAUAAGACCGUCAAUUUGUGUCACAUAUGAACAUUUAUGAUUUUUAGAGACAGAGAGGAUUUGGUUUUAAGGUCGGCCUCUAAUAAAAGCCUGUCUCAUAUAAAGGCCUGGUACCAAAGGGGGUAAGAACAAAUAAAGAACCCUGCCUAUAUUAGAGGAUUUACGGUAACUAGCAUAAUGAAGACAAAUGUACUCAAGAAAUCUGGCAUGGUGCCGAAAAUCUGGCUCAGGAUUUCUUUUUCUAAAUCAUGGAAAAAAAAAAAAAAAACCCUAGUUAGUUAGAUCUGAAAAUGACCGGUAGAGAGCAGCAUUAUGCUGGAUAGUCUACAUCCUGCUGGAGAAGAAGAAGUGGAAAUUUCAAAUGAUGAAUGUCAGGUAGAUCAAUCCAGGAGAAGAAACGGCGAUGUUGGAAGCUGGGCUUGGGCGGAAAAAAGGCUGGAAAAGAUGGAAAGUCUCACGGUAGCUGGUGCAGAAAACUGAAAGAGCCAGGUGCUUGUUUUUGUGUGUCGUGCGCCUUAAAGCUUAGAAAUGGCAGCAGUGGGAAAAAGUUUGGUAAAGAUGGAAAGAUAUUCACAGAGUCGGACUUCCGGGAUCAAUAACUCUGAGAUGAAACGUUGUCUAAACACAAAUGAUGCCUCUUUCACAUCGUAAUAGCACAGACUACAAACUACAAGAAUCAAAAACCGAACUGUUGAAGCUGUUCUUCGAGUUGGAUCAAUAAUACUGAUCUCCAUGCAAAGCUGGUAGCUGGGCGAGUUCGCAGGGACCGUCUGCAAAAGUACGAUACAAGAGCAAGACGCUGCAAACAAAAAUCAGUAGCACCGCUGUUAUACAGUAGAGACUCAAAAUCAACACACACUUCAUACUACAACAGCUGUUUUAGGAAAAUGUGCCUUUUUAUAAUUUUGGUGAAUUUUUAUUGUGAUGAAUCUUUUUUUUUUUUUUUGCUGUUCUUUACACAUUAUCAAAAUAAAGAUCAAUAUAAGUUUAUUAUCACUACCUCAUUGUUUUAGACCUGAACAUUUCCAGUUGAUUACUAAACCUUACAUGCUGUUCAACAUUCAUUAUCCACAGUGAAUUCCACUGGAGCUAAUCUCCUUGUGUCUCUGUGGUCUUUGUUUUGUUUCCUGCAGGUGUUUGAGAUCAGAAACACAGAGGACCUGACGGAGGAGUGGCUCAGAGAGAAACUGGGUUUCUUCGGUUAGACUCGUCUCAUGCUGCAGGGUCUGGGAUGUGAGGAGGAUCCAGAUUGCACAAACUGGUGUCAUCUCUUUGGGGGAACACACCACAGUUAAUGUUUCUCUCUUCUUUCUAUCAGACCUGAUUUAAAUAGCGUUAAAAUCCGGAGUUUUAGGCCUCUGCUGUUAAAUCGACAACAAUUCCAGCUCAGUCAGACAGACGUUUGUACUCUUUUCUCUUUGCUAACUGAACUUCACUCAUCUGUCGGCCUAAAACUGGAAACGCUAUUUGAGGCAGGUCUGUUUUUGACUCCUGAACAAUCUCUCCAUGUGCCAGUAACGUGUCUGUGUUGAAUUAACACUCCCAAAGCUCUUAACGUGAACGGAAAUGACUAGAACUCGUACAUCUCCUUCAGCAUCUUCAUUCAGGGGACGAUAACGGUAUCAACACUUCCUGUUUUCCUCGAUAGUUUACGUCUUUUUUUAACCUCUUACCGUUUAUGUUUAACAACUUGAGCGAGUUUAACUUUAAGAUUGAUUUUUUCUGGUGUCUGUAGGUUAACGUGAGCUUAUACUUUAUAACUGUCGUGUCUGUUUGUGAUGAAAAAAACAACUUCAGAGACCAAAAGAGUCAGUCUCUCCUUCAGUUCCUAAAAGGACGAUAACACUAAGACCACUUUGACUGAUGCUGCGUUCACACGCUCCUCUUAUUCUCAGAGUUCUCAGAGAGUCCAAAUGUGAAAUAAAAAGUUUGAUUUAACUUUUAAAACCUAAACCUGGUCAUGUUAUGUAAACCAGGAUUGAUAAUCAUAACUUAAACGAUUAAAAAUAAGCCAAAAUGUGAGGAAGAAUCAAAGUUUGACAUGUUUCUUGUCUUUCAAAAUCGGCUUUGUUGGAAGAAACCAAAUCUUUCUCCAGAUUUUUAAGUCAUAAUUCAAAAAUUGUAAUCAGAAGUUAGUUUGAAGUCAUAAAAUCCGCUCAGAUUCUGCGUAAUUAAUGUCGAAAUCAACACCCGAAGUAACGAGCAAAAUAUUCCUACUUUCCAAGGGAGCUUUUGUGAGUUUGAGCUGUUAGGAACUCAAUUUUCUGAUUUUUCCGCCUCGACAUGAAUGCAGCGUCGUCUAUGAUACCUUCGCCCGUCUGCGUGUGAGCUGUGCCGAUCACUCUGCAGAUCUCAUCCUCACAUCACACGUUAUCGUCUGUGUUUGCAGUAAAAACACAACUCUGUCCUCUGUUUCUACACUCGCUGAUAUCACACUCUCCAUCGAAACAAAUCCAGCUGAAACAUUCCAGUUUUCCUCCGAACCUCCAUGACACAGGGUGACGCUCUUUUAACCUGUUUUAAUGUGUCUUUCUUUAGGGAGAUUGUUAGCUAAUAUCGUGCUUUAUAGCCAGUACUGUUAUUAGUGUCGAUGAAUGUCGUGAUCCAUUCUGACGUAAAGCUGCUCGGGUUGCUCAGAGGUGGUUGCAGCCUGGAGAGAAACAGCCGUGACGUCUAAAAAUGCCAGUAGUGCUUCAUGUAUAGACUUAGUAGAUAAAGAACAGCAUGAGGGGGGGUUCGUAUUUUCAUAUAGAGCGGGUUUGACUAAAAGAAACAACUGAUAUUUGGGGACACUGACAUUUAGAUAUUUUAGACCAUUACUUCCUUAAUUAAUUAAAUCUACAACCCGUAAAGUUUGGACGCUGGGUAAAAUGUUGAUUAAAAUUUGGCUUUCUUUUGGAAAUCGUGGAUCCUGCAUCCUGCGCUCUAGAGAGGGACCACCUGUCACUCUUGGGUGUGUGGAGGUGCAUAAUCCAAAAUCAGGUGUAGUUUAAACAUCCGGGAAGCCGCCUGAUCGAUAUCUACAGAUUUAGGAGAAAUGUCUGCGGCCAUCCAGACAAAGACUUUUCAGACUUUUCUCAAACAUUUGGAUCCCAAAAACAGGACAGAAGAGACCCUGAACUGUUGAGCAGCUAAAAUCCUUUCACAGUGACAACAUUUCACUCUCCAAACUUGUGAAUCUGGUCUAAUUAAGAGAGUUAAUUAAACAUAUUGGUAAAUAUUUGUAUAAAACAACAAAAUGUGUCACUGGAAACAUUUGAUAAGACAAGUUAAAAAAGAUUCAAUUGAUUCGCAGAUGAUCAAAUUCUGUUUUUACCAACAUUUUCCUCAGCGUCCCAAACUUUUCUGGAAUCGGGGUAUUAACAGGUCAGCUUAUAUAUUAUUGUCUUUUGUUUGCUCAAACUUAUUUAAGAGUAUGUUACAAACAACUUCUGUCAGUUUAAGACUCAAAUAAUUCCCACUGAAACAGAAUCUGAAUAACUCAGUACAGAGGGAGUAACGGCUCUGAACGUCAGUGUGUCCAGUCCCAGAUAUUUAAAGCUACAUUAGAUCUACUUAAAGUUGUGUUUCUAUCACUACAGUCCAGUUUAAUGUGAUAUUCUGAAAGCGUGAGCUCAGUUGAAGCUUCUGAAUCCUAAUAAAAUCCUGACAUGAGCUCUGUAUGAUCCUCUGACCUUGAUUAUUAAGAAUUUGCAUAAUUGAACUCCGUAUUUCUGCUCAUUAGUGUCAUCCCCCGACUUUGGAAAACGAGAGGUGCAGCUGUUAACGAAGCCCUGAGGCAGAAAAUCACCACCUCAUGUAUAAAGUCAAACUGCUGAGUCUACCGUACUGAUGCCUUGUCUUAGAUUUAAUCAUUUCUGUCAAAGUAACGUCUGUUAUAAAUGGAUCAUGAGGCCAAAAUCAAACAUGAUAAUGUUUUUUAUUUUUACGGGAACAGUGGAGGACAGUCAGAAAAAUCUUUGUGAGGAUCUGAAGGUUUUUAAAACACUAAUAUUGUCCUGAGCUUCCUGAUCUCUAGAGUCUGAAAGACUCUGUUUCCUGUUUAGUCGUCGUGAGAAUCAAUUUGAGGACCAGUUUGUGUUUUAGAUCAGACCGAGAGACGUGCGCACAAUCACUCUGUGUCAUGAAAAUCACUUGUUGACUUUAGAUGUUAAUUAUAAACAUGUCAGGGUUAUUUUUUAAUCCAUCAGGAACAAUGAAUGAGACAGAAAUCUGUAGUUCAACUGUCAGCUUUGUAUUUUGCUGCUGUAGCACAAAAACAGAACUUCCUGGGUGAUUCUCGUGUCUGGUGGUUUCUGCUGUUACUGAAGUUUGUGCUGUACUUUAUGGGUUCAGAAAGUUUUACGAUCCUUUAACUUGUAAAAGUCUUUAAAAGUUGUGGUAAAUUCUCAAAACAGCACAGUCUGAAACUAAUGAGAGCGAGCUUAACUGACAGUCUUUGUAUUUAACUCAGUGUAACUUACAGAAUAUGACAGAGUGUUAGGGCCUGACUAAAGAAUAAAAUCUGAGAUUGAAAGAGUCAAGUUGUCUCUAUGAGAAAAUGACUUUUCUCUUAUAAACCUGUCCUUAGCUACAACUUUUUCAUCCAACAACUUUUUUUUCUGGUGCUUGUAAAAUAACGAGUUUUCACUCUAACGACUACUCCAUCAAUGUUUCUCCUGAGUAAUAAAACAAACUGACUUUAAAUCUAUAAUCUGCUUGUUCCUCAUAACAGAAUGACUUUUUUGUUUACAUCUUUUCCCUGUAACAUAACAACUUAACGUAUUUUUUUUGCUGUACUUUUUCCCAAAAUUAUUAAAUUCUCAGCGUAUUACGACUUUUUCUCGUACUAUUUUGACAUUGUAAAUGUACGACUUUAUCCUAAAUGCCCUAAUACUCUGUCAUACCAAGACAAUUUCAUUGUUAUCUAAAUUCUUUCAGCCUCUCAAAUGUGGAAAGCUACUGUAAAAGAAUUGCAUGCUUAAAUGUGUGUUUUUCAUCAUUGUCUAAAUGCUGCUCUUUUGCAUGUCUUCUUUCCAGACUAUUUUAAAUUAUUAGACUUCAAAUAAAAUAUUUGCACACAAAUUUCUGAAAACCUGCUCUCAGCGGUGUUCCUACUCUUUUUAAAAUCUUUACACACUGACAGAACUUUGAUAAUCUUUGGACAGACUCCCCGGUGUUAAAGCUACCUGUUUCCUGAGUCAUGUAUGUGGCUGUCCUGUGGAUCUAAUAACUUUCCCUCUUGUUUGGUCAGCCUGUUGUAUAAGAAGUCUCUUUGGUCUUUAACCUGAAACUGUGUUUUUCUGCUCUUACUGUUCUCUCUGGUUAGAUAACUUCUUUAUUUUUUCAUUCCUUUUUAAUGAAAAACAACCUGAGACGUGAAUCAUAACCAGCUGCCUCAUAGCAUAAGUGAAACUUGAGAUAUUUGUAUUUUCCCAUACUUUAUAAAGUGUCUAUUGUCCUAUUGUCCAAAUAAAAUGACAGUGAUGUUCAAACCUG